AUGUCUAGUGAUUCUGAAAAUGAAAUCAACAAUGGGAUGGAUGACGAUCUUGACAGUGAAAUGGAUGAUGCUGAACUUCAAAAAGCAUUUCAAGAAGGUCGUCUUCAACCUGGUUUAAAUAUUGAACAAAAACCAAGAAGACCAUUAAUCAACAAUAAAGAUGUACUUAAAGCUAAAUAUGAUGAAAUGUAUCUUAAUUUACCAUGGAUUGAACGACUUGAUUGUACAACUGCUCCAGUUGUAAUUAAUGAAGUUGAUUUACCAACAAAUGAGGAUGAAUUAGCUGAUAAUGAUUUUAAACGAGAAAUGCUUUUUUAUCGUCAAGCUCAAGCAGCAGUUCUUGAAGCUGUUCCUCGUUUAAAAAAAGAAAAAGUUUCAACAAAACGUCCUGAAGAUUAUUAUGCUCAAAUGUCUAAAUCAGAUGAACAUAUGAAAAAAGUUCGUGAAUAUUUAGUUAAUCGCAAAUCUGAAAUUGAAAAACGUGAAAAAUUACGUAAAUUACGUGAACAAAGAUUAUAUGGUAAAAAAGUUCAACAAGAAGUUUUACUAAAACGACAAGAAGAUAAAACAAAAUUACUUAAAACAAUGAAAAAAGUUCGAAAAGGUAAACAAGGUGGUAUGGAAGAAUUAGAAGAAUCUCUUGGUGAUCGAAAGAGAUAUGCAGGAAAACCAAAUGGAAAUGAUAACAAACGAAUGUCAAAAACAAAUCGUAAAGUUGAAUAUAAAAAUAAAAAAUUUGGUUUUGGUGGUCAAAAGAAAAAUUCAAAACGAAAUACAGCUGAUAGUUCAGCUGAUGUAACUAAUAAAAAAUCCAAUAAAUGGGAACGUCCAUCAUUUCAUGCACAAAAAGGCAAAAAAGGUAAACCAAAACAAUCUCGACCUGGUAAAAAUUCUCGUCAAAAACAACGAUCAAAGAAAUAA